AUGAAUGAGGAGGUCCAAACAAAGGAGACCAGCCCCCGCAGAAUAUCUGUUGGUGACUUUACAGACAGCAUGCCUCACAACGAUGGGGGUGAUUUAUAUUUGGAGUCUGAAAAACAACUUAGUUUGGAACUGAAAGCUUUGGAGUGUAAGUUUCAAGAGGAAGAGAAGAAGAUUCUGCAAUACGUGGUGGAGCAAGAAAAGGAGCAGAGAGAAAUUGUGCUUCAGAGGAAAUGCAGGCAAAGGGCAUUUGAAGAGGAGCUGAGAAGUAUAGAAGACCUCAAUAUUCAUUACCCUACAGGUGCAGAGAAGUUAGGAGAAACCGAGACAGAACAGAGGCUUAAACAAGAGUUUCUCAAACAGCAGGAGGUGAUCAGCUGCCUCCAGAGACAGAUAGAGGACGAGAGGAAGGCUUUGGAGAAGGAGCAGGAGAAGGAGCUCCUGAAGACCCACCGGGCUCACUGCGAGGCAGCCACCACCAUCCAGGCAGCCCUAAGAGGCCUCCUGGUACGUCGGUGGACUAGGACUGAGCUCCAUCGCAGAGGAGAGGAACGGAGGAGGUGUGAGGAGGAGAGAAGGAGGAAAAAGGAGAGUGAGGAGAGGUGUCGGAGGGAACAGAAGGAGCAGCAGCGGCUGAUGCAGGAGGAAGAAGAGAGGAGGAGAGAGUUGGAAAAGCAAGAGCUGGAGAGUAGAAGGGCGGAGUAUGAGAGAACCAAGGAGGAGGAGCGAGUCCGUGUUGAGAAAAAGAAACGGGAAAGAAAGAUAGAGGAUGAGGAUAAGAGAAAGGAGGAAGAGAGAAGAAAAAGGGAGGAGGAGAAGAGAAAGGUGGAUGAAGAGGUGGAAAAAAAGGAUGAGGAAGAGCUGCAGAAACAGGAGAGGAGAAAGUGCAAACAGCAAAUAAGGGAAAAAGUACAGAGGAAGGAUGAGGAGAGUGAAAGGACCCGGCAGGAAAAGACAGGGAUGGAGUCAUAUGAGAAGCAACAAAAGAAGCUGCUGGAGACCAGCAGAGUGAAUGCCGAGUGCCAGAGGCUAAGUGAGCAAAAAGCCAGAGAGGAAUCUCCCUCCCUUGUCUUCAUUAAACCCACGGACUCAGCCUCUGGGGCUGCCGUUGGGCCAAUGAGAGUCUCUCUAACACAGCGGACAGAGCUGAGGAGACUGGCGUGGAUGAGGGAAUGCACCCCUUGGUCCAAACUCUCCCUGCUGAACAAGAGGAAGCAGAAACUACAAGGGGGCAGGACCACAGGGAGGAGAGGCUUGAGGAGGGCCAAUGAGGGCAGCGCUUCACCCCCCCUGUGCCCAGACACACUGCUUCAGUCUGGGGCCUGGCGUUCCCUUCAGGAGAUUACCACACUUGUUUUGGAGGAUCUCCCUGGCUGCAGCCUCUCCACUUUGUCGCAGUGCCCCAGACUACAGUCCCUCACCAUGGGACGCUGCGGUCUGGUAGCUUUAGACGGCCUCAGUCAGUGCACAGAGCUCAGCUACGUCGACGUGCAGGACAACUCAAUCACGUUUGUGAACUGUGAGAAUCUGGUUAAUCUCCGGGUUCUUCGUCUGGGCCGGAACCGUCUGACGUCCGUCCGGGGCCUGGCUGGUGCUGUGAACCUGGACGUUCUGGAGUUAUCCCAUAACUCCAUCACCCGAAUUGGUGGUCUGGAGCCGUUGACGAAGCUGCAGACAUUAUUGCUGGACCACAACCAGCUGAUCAGUAGUAAAGGACUGACGGAGGUUUACACUCUGCUCCACCUGGAUCUGUCACACAACCACCUGUCCAGUGUGGAUGGCCUGGAGAACUGUGCUCUGCUCAGUGUUCUGGACCUGACAGGAAACAAUCUCACUGAGCCACCCAGUCUGAAAAACCAGGUCCUCCUGAAGGAGCUCCAUCUGCAGGACAACAGCAUUUCCUCUAUUGAGGACCUCACUGACUCCUGGCUUCCUCUAAUGCAGCUCCUGUGUGUGGCCCAAAACAGUAUAACCCAACUGCCACCGCUGUCAGAUUUUGUGUCACUGGAGAGGCUCGAUAUCAGGCACAACUGCCUUUCAGAGCUGCAGAACCUGUGUGAUGGUCUAGCGGGAUGUCUACUCCUUCGAGAGGUCCACCUCACUGGGAAUCCCCUUCAGCAAGAGCCCAGCUGGAGGUCCAGUCUACGGGAGGCUGUGCCAGGUCUACAGAACAUUGACUGCCAGCCACCAGCACCCCCUCCUGGUCCAGUCAGGGCCCCGUCUCAUCUGCCUCAGGACAGCUUCCUGUCCUUCUGUCAAGCCCAGCUCCUGCAGCUACAGGCGCUGCAGCACAGACACACCAAGCAGCUCAGCGAUGCCGUCUCUCCUCUGGAUGCUCUGAGGCUCACCCUCCAGUUUCAGCAUGACAGUCUACAGCUGGCCGUGGAGCACAGAUACGCUCACGAAUACGGAGACACCAGCGUCUGCGACCGACACGCCGAAUGCUGCGCGAGGGACACGGCGAAUGCUGUCCCUGUCCUGGAGGCUAACGUGGAGGUUGUGGAGAGGCGUGAUGAGGUUGCGGGUGUCACAGGCAGGGUGCAACCUGACAGGAAGUCCUGUGGAGACUCAAGUGAGCGGCUGUGUGUGGUUCCUCUCGCCCGAUGCGGCCCGGCCAAUGAAAACACUGAGGACAGGAAUUGUGAGGCUCAGUUUUCAUCUCCCGGGUCCAACAAGACCCGUACGAGGACUGUGUCCAGUCAGGCAGAUCAGAAACCAGUCACUAUCAGUCUGAACGCUUCUACCUUCCAUCAGGAAAAAGAAAAAAUCACCUGCGCCAUUUCCUGUCCUGAAAAAAAGCUGGACCUUAAAAACGGUACUGCUGUGGUGUGUCCCCCUCCAGGGAAGACCAGCGGAAGAGGGGAAGAGAGAGGAAGAAUAGACACUGGGCCCAGCCAUACUGGGUCAAGGCAGAGCUGUUUGGAGCCCUGUUAUGCUGCGACCAUCAUCCAGGCGGUUUGGAGAGGAUUUGCUCUGAGAAGGAGGCUGGCCGCUGCUCUAACCCAGGCUCGGUGCCUCCAACAUGGGGAUCAAGACGAGGCCUUUGAGGAGGUGGAUGUGGAAGAAUUUGUCUUCGAUGAGACGACCCUGGAGGCAGACUGGACGACCAUCCCUCUGUCUGACAACUCGCCUCCCGAAACCCUUCCUCACUGUCCUCCGUUCCCGGGCCUGCAGCGGGGUCCAAAGUGUCCUCUGACCUUGCCAGAGACGGCCCAGCAGACCAGCCCACAUCUGAUGCUGCGGAAGCCCAAGCCCGCCUGGAUGGGUGGGGAGAGAGCAGAGCCCUCUGAGAAAACACUUUCCCCUGAGAGCAGCAGCAAAACUAAAUCUCCUGGCUCUGCAUCGGUCCUCAGUGGUCUUUCUGAGAGAUCGGAGAAGAUUCUGGAGGAAUGGGGGUUCACUGACAGGAGCACCGCCCUCCUGAUGCUGAAGAGAGCGCGGAAGAUGGCGUCCAAGAAGCCGCAGCGGAGAAAACGACAGGACCCAUCAGUACGCCUGGCCCUGUUCAGGAACCAUAGCAACCAACAUGCCCCUGUUGGAGCAGUAAAGAAGCCCUUGGCAGAGAGGAGAGAAUACAUCAAAGCUCGCCAGGCAGAAAUUGGCCUGGAGGGAACAGCCAGAGGGGACAAAACACUGUUCAGCCAGGAAGCACCAGCCAGAGGGGACCAAAAACAAUUUAACCAGGAAGCUCCAGCCAGAGGUGACCAAACACUGUUCAACCAGGAAGCACCAGCCAGAGGGGACCAAACAUGGUUCAACCACGAAGCACCAGCCAGAGGUAACCAAACACGGAAUAACCACGAAGCACCAGCCAGAGGGGACCAAAAACGAUUUAACCAGGAAGUUCCAGCCCGAGGGGACCAAACAUGGUUCAACCACGAAACACAAGCCAGAGGGGACCAAACACAGUUUAACCAGGAAGAACCAGCCAGAGAGGACCAAACACGGUUUAACCAGGAAGAACCAGCCAGAGGGGACCAAACACGGUUUAACCAGGAACGAACUUACCAGUGGCUCCACACGCAGGCAGUCCAUGUGAACAGCAGAAGCCCGGAGAGUGAACAUUUCCUCCCAGAGAUUGACCCAGACAUUCUGAACGGAGGCAGAGUGCAGCUUGUGGCUUUAGCAGGAUACAGAGAAGGACCAGACCAGAUCUCUAGGUCACAGGGCAGCAGCACUUUAACCUCCCCGUCUCGCAAAGAACACAAUCAAGCUUGGCGACACUCCAUGGGGCUGCCAAAAAAAGAAGACAAACCACCCUCUCCACAGAGACCUGCCGGGUCUAAAAAGGAGCGCAUGUCUUUCCGGGACAACCCUGUCCUGAUGAGUGGUGGCUGGGGAGGUGGAAAGAAAAGGGACAAACUUCACAAGUAACAGCGACUACAGAAUUGGUUCCUCGUGACAACAAACCGGUUCGUCUGCACUGAUUUGUCCCAAAGUGUCACUGACAGUAUAUGCAUGUGUUUGCAUUUUAUUGUGACAUUUUUGUUUUACC